CAGGAACUGAAAAGUGCGAAGAUACUAUUACCCGUGAAGUGAGUAGAGGUUCCAUCUCUCACUGCCGCGCCGACCGGGCGCAUCGACCUACACUACCUUGCUACCUGCCCAGGAGCCAAUGCAAUACGUACAAGAGCCCUACCGCGUCGCGACCUCGCCGACAGCGAAGAGGGUAUAUCUAGGCAUUGUCCUGUUCGCCUCAGCGUCAGUACUACUGCUAGGCAUCGCGGCUUUCGCAUAUGGCGUGUUUUAUUUCAAUUAUGUGCCUAAGAAACUCGUCAGCGUGCCUGUACAUUUACAAUAUGAAGCCGGCCUCAAUCCCUACGGGAUCGUAUCCCUAUCUCCGGACCUUAUGCUAGAGACCGCCUACGACAUAUCCGUCUCGCUCACUUUACCGCGUUCCCCCGCGAAUCUCGAGCGCGGGAAUUUCAUGGUGGCGCUCUACGCGACGAGCUCGGCGUUAGCUGAUCCUGCUCUACCAUAUGCGUUCGCGGCGACGCCCGCGCAUGAUCCAUACGCGCACGUAACGCCCGAGAACGUCGUCUUCUUCUCACGGCGGCCCGUGCUGAUUCCCUACGAAGACCCGCUGGUAUCGCUAGCCUCGCGCAUGUUAUUCCUCUUCUACCAUAUCUUCUUCAACCGGGCUGCCGAGACAAUCACGCUGGAGAUCCCCAUGGGCGAGCUCGUGCAAUUCAAGAAGGCACUACCCCUUUCCGUGCUAAUCGAUGUCCAGGCCGGGCAGACUCUACAAGUCUAUUCGAGCCAGAUGACGCUUGUGGCACAGCUUACAGGGGUUAGAUGGUUUAUGUAUAAUCACCGGAUCUUGUCGUUCGUGGUGUGCACGGCGGUGUUCUGGAUCGCUGAGAUGGUAUCUAUGGGAUUCAUUUGGGCCGCGUUUGGGGUUAAGGGUCCCGGACAGGUUCUGUCUAUUAAAUAUGAGGACGUGCGAAGGGGGGGAUACGUGGAAGACGACCCGAAGACGGAAGAGGAUGACGACGACGUUGAUGUCAAGGAAGAGACUCCCGAGCCUGAGUCGCGGCAUCUGCCUCUCGACCAGCCGCCCCGACAACACGCGGGCGACGCCGAUGAUGAGGGCGAUUCCGACGAAGGGUGGACGGUGUCUAGGACGGGCUCGGGGUUCCGGGAUGGUGGAGGAGGAGGAGGUCAGUUACGGAGGAGAGUGUCGAGGAGUGGGAGUAGGAGUUCAUGAGCGAUGGUAUUAGGGGGUCAUGCUAUGAGCUCGCAUGCAGUAAUAGACCCG